CUCCUCCCGCUUGUCCUCCGGCUGCAGUCGCCACUAAAGCGGUCGCUGCCGGGCGCGGUAUCUGUCGGUUGGUUGGUUUGUCUCUCAGCGUUGGUGUAGGUGCCGUUGAAUUGCCCUCCAUGGCUGAACUAGAUCCGUUCGGCACCCCCGCCGGCGUCUCCGGCGGCCCCGCGCUGGGGAACGGGGUAGCCGGCGCCGGCGAAGAAGACCCGGCCGCGGCCUUCUUGGCGCAGCAGGAGAGCGAGAUUGCGGGCAUUGAGAACGACGAGGCCUUCGCCAUCCUGGACGGCGGCACCCCCGGGCCCCAGCCGCAUGGCGAGCCGCCGGGGGGUCCAGAUGCUGUUGAUGGAGUGAUGAAUGGCGAAUACUACCAGGAGAGUAAUGGUCCAACAGACAGUUAUGCAGCUAUUUCACAAGUGGAUCGAUUGCAGUCAGAGCCCGAAAGUAUCCGUAAAUGGAGAGAAGAGCAGAGGGAGCGGUUGGAAGCCCUUGAUGCCAAUUCUCGGAAGCAAGAAGCAGCAUGGAAAGAAAAAGCAAUAAAGGAACUAGAAGAGUGGUACGCAAGACAGGAUGAGCAGCUACAGAAAACAAAAGCAAAUAACAGGGUGGCAGAUGAAGCUUUCUACAAACAACCCUUCGCUGACGUGAUUGGUUAUGUGGCAGCAGAAGAAGCCUUUGUAAGUGACAUUGACGAGUCAUCCCCAGGCACUGAGUGGGAGCGGGUGGCCCGGCUGUGUGACUUUAACCCCAAGUCCAGCAAGCAGGCCAAAGACGUCUCCCGCAUGCGCUCAGUCCUCAUCUCCCUCAAGCAGGCCCCCCUGGUGCACUGAAGAGCCACCCCGUGGAACACUACAUCUGCAAUAUUUUAAUCCUACUCAGUGAAGCUGUUCACAGUAAUUGGAUUAAUUAUGUUCAGUUCUUUUGGACCAAACCUUUUGUCUUUAGAGUUGAUCAUUGUUUGUGAUUGCAUGUUUCCUUCAACUGUGUUCUCCCUGGCAUUCAGACAGGAGGGGGGAGGACGAGGAGCAAGGGAGGAAAGCCUCCCAACAGUAGCCUCAACUCGUGCUUUCGUGCAUCAUUCUGAGAAUAAAUUUCUGUUUCAAACCAUA